ACGUUAUUUGACCCAGUGCCGACUAUUUCGUUCUCAACUUUGGCGAGAGAGCCAUCUAGUGACAGGCGCGUGAAAUACUUGCGUGUGUGCAAUUGUGUCGUGUUUGUGAUUUUUUCUAAAUUCCUUCGUCCUACAAAAUGCCUGGUCGUCCCAUUUGGCAGUGUGCCGGCAAGCGCGAGCCGGAGAAGGAAGCUGAAGCUCAGCACUGGAUAGAGUCGGUGAUCGGAGAGCGCUUCCCUCCGGGAGUGCCGUUCGAGCUGGCCCUCCGCGACGGAAUCAUCCUCUGCAAACUAAUGAACCGCCUGCAGCCAGGCAUCAUCAGCAAAGUCAACAUAUCCGGCGGGGACUACAAGUUUAUGGACAAUAUUAGCCAGUUCCAAAAGGCGUGUAUCAAAUACGGAGUACCUGAUGUAGACCUUUUCCAGACCACCGAUCUUUGGGACCAAAAGAAUAUCGCCCUGGUGACAACCACAAUCUUCGCCAUCGGCCGAACGGCAUACAAGCACCCUGAAUGGAGGGGUCCUUGUCUGGGGCCAAAGCCCUCUGAGGAGAACCGUCGAGAGUUCAGCGAGGAUGUACUGAGAGCCGGCCAGUCAGUGAUCGGCCUGCAGGCUGGCACCAACAAGGGUGCCACGCAGUCCGGGCAAAACUUUGGAGCCUCGCGCAAAAUUAUUUUCGGAAAAUAAAUUAUUUUUCCUAUUUAUUUAUAUUUAUUUAACUUAGGCUACUGGUACUGAGGUCCAUACUAUAAAAAAAAUCUUUGCUUUUCCAUAUAAUGUCCUAAAAGUGCAGGUAAAGAAAAUUAAGCCGGUCAGUUUAUCCUGUUGAUAUUAACAAGCUCAAUAGCUGCGAGGACAAAAUAUCAUUACUUACUUAAGUACAUUGUUUUAUCCUGAAUGUCUGGGGCUGAAGCGUUCCGAGGAAAACCGAGAUUAGCUAGGACGUGCUGAGAACCGACCAGACAGUGAUGGACCAGCAAGCUGGCACCAACGAAGAACUUUGGGACCUCAUGUAAAAUUAUUUUGGAAAAUAAAUUAUUUUUCUAGUUAAUAA